CCCCGCCCCAGCCUGCGUGAGGCUCUGACGCCAAGGUGCUGCCAUUUGGCGGGAAGAAGAGACGCUGCCGGGCUAACGGGGUAGCCGUGCGGCCAUGGCGGGGCGGCGUGGUGCCCUCAUCGUGUUGGAGGGCAUGGAUCGCGCUGGGAAGACCACCCAGUGCCGGAAGCUUGUGGCAGCCCUGCUCGAAUCUGGACAGCGGGCAGAACUUCUCCGGUUCCCGGAGAGAUCCACAGAAAUUGGCAAACUGCUGAGCUCUUACCUGGAGAAGAAAAGCAACAUGGAGGAUCACACAGUGCAUCUGCUUUUUUCUGCAAACCGCUGGGAACAGGUACCACUGAUUAAAGAAAAGUUAAGUCAAGGCAUCACCCUGGUAGUAGACAGGUAUGCCUUCUCUGGUGUAGCCUUUACAAGUGCCAAAGAGAAUUUUUCCAUAGACUGGUGUAAGCAGCCUGAUGUGGGGCUCCCCAAGCCAGACCUGAUCCUCUUCCUUCAACUGAGCUCCUUGGAAGCAGCGAAACGGGGAGACUUUGGCACUGAGCGCUAUGAAAACAACGCCUUCCAGGAGAAAGCCUUGCAGUGUUUCCACCACCUAAUGCAAGAUGAUUCGUUAAACUGGAAGACCAUUGAUGCAUCUCAAGGCAUAGAAGACUUGCACAAGGAGAUUUACUCCCUUUCUGAAAAGACCAUUCAAAUGGCCCAAGACACUGCCGUGGGAGAGUUGUGGAAAUAGGGCUGGGUUGGCCAGCUCUCUGUGCUCAGCAGGAAGGUGGGGAGCACCUAUGCUGGUGUCUGAGAACUUAAAAAGGACCAAGCGUUGGAUGGCCAUGGGUUACAGCAGGAGGCCUACCCUGCACAUUCUUAAUCCAGGUUGAGGUCACAACCCUCCUGAAUAAGGCGUGAAGAUGAUGGACCAGAACCACCUUUCAGGGCAGUGGACGGGAAAUAUGUUUCUGCUGAGCCAGAAGAGUGAUUUAAGAUUUCUUCCCAAAUCUGGGAUUAGAGAAAGCCCAUUCUCUUUCCUUUUUAGCCCUUUCAGUUUCCUUUCUCGGCCUUGUUUUUAAGUGGAAUCAUCGAAGUAUUAUCAAAAUAAAUGAAUUGUUUUAUCUGGUUUCCUCUAUUUUAGGAUUGACACUAAAUUUGAAUAAUCCUGGAUCAUGUAGGCUGACUUCAGCCCCAACGUUAACCUGACCUAUAUGAUGGUAAUCUUUUUGAAAAGUUCAGCUUGUCUUAACAUUCCAUCCCUCUGUCCUUCUUUAAAAUACUAGCCAUCCUUUGGGGAUGGAUGAAAACAUCAGGAAUACCUGCUCUCCAAUAGAAAUGUAUGUUCAGUUGGGAAAAUAGCUGUGGGAAGCUUGAGGUUUCCUACGCCUUUUCUUUAGAUUCAGAAUGUGGCGUCUUAAACCCUGAAUUUGGCUUAGAAUGAGAAGCACUUGAAUGCUGCUAUUAGAUAGUAUUGGUCAUGGCCCCCCCAUCUCCCAGAAGUCAGUUCUCGCCCAGAGUUUUGCCAUCAGUAAUACGCCAGCUGGGUCCAGUUUCUUGAGCAGCCUGGAUAAAUGUAAACUCUAGUGACUCCACAAGGCGGGAGGGCAGCCAGCAGGACCUGUUGGGAAGAGUGGGAGAGCAGAGUUCCAAUCCCACCUCUGACCUCGGGCUAGAAGUAACAGCAGGUCACCUCUGUCUACCUUGGCUCCUGCACCUGAAGAACAAAGAUAAAGCCGUGGUGCAUGGCUCAGGGGGAGUCCUCAAGACUCAGAGGACUCCAGAAAUGUCAGCUCCCGUUACAAAUGCUUGUUAAUUAUUGGGGAUGGAAAUUGUGUAACUCUCAAGUUUGCCAGGUUGAAAACAUCACCAUGAAAUAAAGGUUCCGUUUGGUAUUUGGUCGA